AUGGAGAGGUGGCGAGGGCGAGUGCAUGGGCUGUGGGAGGAGUGGUCGUCAUGGAGCCUGUGUUCUGUCACGUGUGGGCGGGGCUCCAGGACCCGAACCAGAAACUGUGAGAGCGGAGGAGGGGCCAAGCUCUGUGGAGGGCCUGAGAAACAGACCAAACUCUGCAACAUAGCAGUGUGUCCCGUGGAGGGCCAGUGGUUGGACUGGGCUCCAUGGUCUAGGUGCAGUGAAACCUGUUCCACAGGGAGCCAGCAGAGACAGAGGAGGUGUAGUGCAUCGGUGCAUGGCUGGGCAGAGUGUAAAGGACCACACCAGGAGACCCGGGAGUGUACCAACCCAUCUUGUGGUGGUGGGGGUAACUGGGGCAGCUGGAACCACUGGAGUCUGUGCAGUAAGACGUGUGACUCAGGGUGGCAGCGUCGCUUCAGGAUGUGUGAGGGGACAGGGAUACAGGGUUACCCCUGUGACGGCUCCGGAGAGGAGGUCCGCUCCUGCAAUGACAAGAAGUGCCCCGCACCUCAUGAGAUCUGUAGAGAUGAGUACCUUGUAACCAUGACCUGGAAAAGAGCCUCGGCUGGAGAAACAGUCUACAACAAGUGUCCGACUAACGCCACUGGAUCUGCUAGUCGUCGUUGCUUGCUGGACGCUAAUGGAGUUGCUUACUGGGGUCCUCCGAGCUUCGCCAGAUGCGUCUCGAUGGAAUUCAGAUAUUUACAUUUAUCUUUGCGAGAGCAUCUUGCGAAGGGUCAGAGGACCCUGGCUGGAGAGGGCAUGUCUCAGGUCGUGAGGAAUCUCCUGGAUCUCUUACAGAGGAGGAGCUACUACAGUGGUGACCUCCUGUUCUCCACGGAGAUUCUCCGAAAUGUGACGGACACCUUCAAGAGAGCAACCUACAUCCCAGCUCCCGACGACACACAGAAAUUCUUCCAGGUAGUCAGCUAUAUGUUGGACAUGGAAAACCUUGAGAAGUGGGAAGACGCUCAUCAGGUAGGCUUUUAA